CAGCAGCGGAUGUUUCCCAAAAUGAUUACUGCAAUGCCUUAAUAUGCUGCGGAUGAAGAAUUUAAAGCCACUCUAUUAAGUGCAAACUGAAGAACUGCGCUGAAACGAACUUGCUGAUGGGCUAACAGCAGUUGCCUGCAAGUCUACGAUGAGGGACUGCGUUUUAUAGAAACAGAAACAGGGCGUAGCUAACGUUAGCUUAACAGAAAAUACGAUAGGGGUGUAUCAAGUGGAAAACUGUUAUCUUGGACAACGGUUUAGAGUGAGUUAUGUUUUCAAGCAAACGGGAUAUUAAACGGACCAACAUGAGUAGUUAUAGUAGACCUGACAGACACAGGACACCAGCGUUCACCAGGGCGAUGCGUCUCAGGACAUCAAAGCUUGACCUGGAGAGAGAUUCAGGCUUCUCAGACGCUAGCUCUGAGUACCUCAGCACAGUCGAUGUGACUGAAUCUGAAGGAGCUGGAGGGACGCGGUCCGUAUUCAGCCAGGACCCUACUGGUUCUCAGUUGGCUGUGAUGCGAGGCUCAUUUGCGGGACUAUCUCCAAUGAUCAUAAUGAACCACUUUGUCCCAAAUCAGCAGCCCCUGAUGGCUCCAGCAGAAAAACAGUGGGGUUUUCCUUCACCCUUGGAACUCAUGCCUCAAUCACAGGUGGUUCUUCUCCAACCCAUGGUAUCGAAUGGCAGCAGCAACUCUCCAAAGACGUGCGCUGAAAACGCCGGACAGUUGAAAGGCCACAUGCCAACUCCCAAAUCAUACCCUAGAAUUGCCCCUCAGCCUGCAGACUUGCCCUCUAAAAGGGUGGGAUCCUCCAGGAUGAGGGGGUGUUCAUCUUCAGGUCAUGACCAGCAACAGAGAAAGCACCACCACAGCCACAGGCCCUACAGCUCCCCCGGCCCGCAGCCACCACUGCAGGCUCCAGUCAACGCCACCCCCACUUCUGACGCGGGACACGACCACACACAGACUGAUGAUAAUCAGGAGCAGCUCAGUGAAAAGUCGCUCUACCUGCUGGUAGACACCAGCGCUCUGCUCUCCUGUACAGAUGAAUUCAAGCCAGAGGUGGGCAGUGAAAGGAACCAUGCUGACGAAUGCCAGCAGGACCUCUCCAUAGACAGCAACAAACAGAAGCGCUUCAGUAACACCUACAAUAUUCUCAACAAGUCAGGCUUGCUGGGGAUCACCUUGCGCACAAAGCAGCUAAUGAAGGAGAACAGGCGUACCCAGUGCCAGCUGCAGCAGCUUCGAGAACAGACCGCCCUGCUGCUGGAGGCUCUGAGCAGCAAGGACCCGCAGCUCUGGACUAAACUUCAGCACUCUCUGCAGAGCACAGACAAGGAGCAUUUGGGAACUAAAGCUCAGAUAAUCCUGGCAUAAUUUAGUGUAUUUUGUGCACGUGACCAGUGAUUUCAAAUCUGGGGAACAAAAAAAUUAUUUUACUUAAUGAGAUGAAAGAAAAUAUGAAGAAAAGCUUUCUUUUGGUCGGCCCUAAUCCAGUAAGCAAUGCAGCAUCAAAUAUUAUCACGAAACCAACAUAAACUGAACUGAACCUAAUGCUUUAAUGCUUUUGUCCGGAGGUUGUAUUGCGCGUACGGUCUUCAUCUUUGGAACAAACCCUUCAGAGCUGCUGGUUUAAGCUCAAAAUAUCAAGCUGCAGUGCAUCCAUUAUUAUACCAAGGUAGAAUUAUUACAUUUCAAACUUUUGUUUAUGAUAUUUUCUCUGGUUUCCGAGAAGCAAAAGGAAUUUUUUAUAUGGAACUCCUAACUGCGUAAGUGCACGUCUUUAGAGCAGUGGUUCUCAAACUUUUUUAUACCAAGUACCACCUGAGAAGAUACUGAGCUGUUUUAAGUCACAGGAAGCAGAUUUGCUCUGCUCUGCGAGAGAUAAGGUGACUCUAAUUAUUAUUAUUAUUUUAUUUCUUUCAUUUUUUCGACACACUUUUUCUCCAAGUACCGCCAGAGGAAGCUCACGUGCCACAGUUUGAGAACCACACAUGUGAGGGCACGUGGCGUUAAUUCCUCACACAUGCCCUGACUCUCUUUUCUGUAGAGACAAUAUAGGCAUCAUUUUGACUUUUUAGAUCAAGUUAUGGCAGAACGUUGAUGUAUUUAGAGUUGCUCUUGACUGAAAUUGUGUUUAUUUAUUUAUUUUUCCCCCAAAAAACGUUUUGUGAGAUUACAUUAUAAGAGUGGUACAAUGUUUUUGUGGUUCUUUUUGAAUUCAGCCGUCACUGAAGUUUAACAACAAAGCACCGUUCAGAUUGAGAGGGAAGCUCCAGGCGGUGCUGAUAAAGAACCUUUAUCCAAAGAUUCAUAAUCACAAACAGCAGUCAGAGCCUUCCUCUUAGGAGCUUUCAGUCACAUUGUCUGGGAAUAAAAGCAACAAUAACACCGAGGCCCAGCAGGGUAACCAACACUUAACAACCUGUGUGUUUGGUUUCAGAGCCACCGCUGUGUGUGUGUGUGUGUGUAGAGGGAAGCCAAAGCGUAUCUAGCAUCUUGUUGAUAUCACCUCACCUCCUGCCCCAGCUGAGCCCCCCACCCCAGAGAGGUCAACACAUCUUUAUUUCUCGAAUUAUGGUAUGUAAAUCACAAAAAUGCACUAAAAACUUUAAAGUCAUUCAAACGCUUAACUUACUUGGCACUACUCAUAAAUAAAAUUGAGAAAAUAAUACCACUUUUUAUUUCAAGCCUCCCUUUUUUUAAGGGACUGCCGGGACUGAACUUACUUGUCGUGAGGUGUUGUAGCCUUAUUAUUGUCUUUGAUUUCACAUAUGUCGCUGCCAAUGUAAUUCACGUUUUUGUCGCGUCGAGCAACGUAUGACGUCGUAUUAAAGUGAGGCACAAAGACUAAAGGACAGAACGGCUGAAUAUUAAUCGUUAAAUCUCCUAAACUCUUGCACUUUAGCUGAAAGAUUACUGACUAAUUUUGGCCCGUUUAUUGAGCAUCGUGGGUUGAUGAAGUAAUGUGAAUAUAAAUGUUUAAGUAGAUGCGUGUGCCUUUUUUUUAAAAAUGUCUUGUUGUCCAUAUCCAUGCUUGGCAGCUUAGAUUUCUGUUUUUAUUUGUGACAGACUUGUGGAAAGAAAGUUACUUAAAGGUCUCCAAAGAAUUAAGAUUAUUAUUUGAGUUUGACUCUUUUCUUUUACAUCUCAAAGAUAAUUAUUAAGAGAGACAAUGUCAUAAGUAGUUGAGAAAGUACAGGUUUAUACUGUAUUAUUUAUUUAAAGAACUACUGUUGUAACUUUAAAGAGAUAAUCAUUUUUUUGUUUUAAAGGGGAAAAUUCCUUCACAUUGCUUUUUUUUGUGUGUUAUUGCGAAACAUGCUUUCUGUAAUUUUUGUUAAACAAAAGACACUUUUACU